AUGGCGUCCAUCUCCCUCGAGGACGUCCGCAACGAGACCGUCGACCUCGAGACCGUCCCGGUCCAGGAGGUGUUCCAGCACCUGAAAUGCAGCAAGCAGGGGCUCUCCAGCGCGGAGGCCGAGAACCGGCUCAAGAUCUUCGGCCCCAACAAGCUGGAGGAGGUGUCGGAGAGCAAGCUGCUCAAGUUCCUGGGCUUCAUGUGGAACCCUCUCUCCUGGGUCAUGGAGUCCGCCGCGCUCAUGGCCAUCGUCCUCGCCAACGGCGGCGGCAAGCCUCCCGACUGGCAGGACUUCGUCGGCAUCACCGUCCUCCUCUUCAUCAACUCCACCAUCAGCUUCAUCGAGGAGAACAACGCUGGGAACGCCGCGGCGGCACUCAUGGCGGGCCUCGCGCCCAAGACCAAGGUCCUCAGGGACGGCAAGUGGAAGGAGGAGGACGCCUCCAUCCUCGUCCCCGGCGACAUCAUCAGCAUUAAGCUCGGCGACAUCAUCCCCGCCGACGCCAGGCUGCUAGAGGGCGACCCGCUCAAGGUCGACCAGGCAGCGCUCACCGGCGAGUCGCUGCCGGUGAACAAGCACCCGGGCCAGGGGGUCUUCUCGGGCUCCACGGUGAAGCAGGGCGAGAUCGAGGCCGUCGUCAUCGCCACCGGCGUCCACACCUUCUUCGGCAAGGCGGCACACCUGGUGGACAGCACCAACAACGUCGGCCACUUCCAGCUCGUGCUCACGGCCAUCGGCAACUUCUGCAUCAUCUCCAUCGCCGUCGGCAUGGUCAUCGAGAUCAUCGUCAUGUACCCCAUCCAGCACCGCGCCUACCGCGACGGCAUCGACAACCUCCUCGUCCUGCUCAUCGGCGGCAUCCCCAUCGCCAUGCCCACCGUGCUCUCCGUCACCAUGGCCAUCGGCUCCCACCGCCUCUCACAGCAGGGCGCCAUCACCAAGCGCAUGACUGCCAUCGAGGAGAUGGCCGGCAUGGACGUGCUGUGCAGCGACAAGACGGGAACCCUCACCCUCAACAAGCUCACCGUCGACAAGACUCUCAUCGAGGUGUGUGGCAAGGGCGUCGACAAGGACAUGGUGCUCCUCUACGCCGCCAGGGCCUCCCGCGUCGAGAAUCAGGACGCCAUCGACACCUGCAUCGUCAGCAUGCUCGCCGACCCCAAGGAGGCCCGCGCCGGUAUCAAGGAGGUCCACUUCCUCCCCUUCAACCCCGUCGAGAAGCGCACGGCCAUCACCUACGUCGACGGCAACGGCGACUGGCACAGGGUCAGCAAGGGCGCCCCGGAGCAGAUCAUCGAGCUGUGCAGGAUGAGCAAGGACGCCGAGAAGAGGAUCCACGCCCUCAUCGACAGCUACGCCGACCGGGGCCUCCGCUCCCUGGGCGUGUCGUACCAGCAGGUGCCGGAGAAGAGCAAGGAGAGCGCCGGCGACCCGUGGCAGUUCAUCGGCCUGCUGCCGCUGUUCGACCCGCCGAGGCACGACAGCGCCGAGACCAUCCGCCGCGCGCUCCACCUCGGCGUCAACGUCAAGAUGAUCACCGGCGACCAGCUGGCCAUCGGCAAGGAGACGGCGCGGCGCCUGGGCAUGGGCAGCAACAUGUACCCCUCCACCACCCUGCUGGGCGACAACAAGACCGGCGAGAUGGGCGGGCUCAACAUCGACGAGCUGAUCGAGAAGGCCGAUGGGUUCGCCGGGGUGUUCCCGGAGCACAAGUACGAGAUCGUGAAGCGGCUGCAGGACCGGAAGCACAUCUGCGGCAUGACCGGGGACGGCGUGAACGACGCGCCGGCUCUGAAGAAGGCCGACAUCGGGAUCGCCGUGGAUGACGCGACGGACGCGGCCCGGAGUGCGUCGGACAUCGUGCUGACGGAGCCCGGGCUGAGCGUGAUCGUGAGCGCCGUGCUCACCAGCCGCGCCAUCUUCCAGCGCAUGAAGAAUUACACCAUCUACGCGGUGUCCAUCACCAUCCGCAUCGUGCUGGGGUUCCUCCUCGUGGCCUUGGUCUGGGAGUUCGACUUCGCGCCGUUCAUGGUGCUCAUCAUCGCCAUCCUCAACGACGGCACCAUCAUGACCAUCUCCAAGGACCGCGUGAAGCCGUCCCCGACCCCGGACUCGUGGAAGCUCAAGGAGAUCUUCGCCACCGGCAUCGUGCUGGGCACCUACAUGGCCCUCACCACGGCGCUCUUCUUCUACCUCGCCCACGACACCGACUUCUUCACCAAGACCUUCGGCGUCCGUUCCAUCAAGGAGAACGACAAGGAGCUGAUGGCGGCGCUGUACCUGCAAGUGAGCAUCAUCAGCCAGGCGCUCAUCUUCGUGACCCGGUCCCGGAGCUGGUCCUUCGUGGAGCGGCCCGGCGCGCUGCUGGUGAUCGCCUUCCUGGCGGCGCAGCUGGUGGCGACGUGCAUCGCCGUGUACGCCAACUGGGAGUUCUGCAAGAUGCAGGGCAUCGGCUGGGGCUGGGGCGCCGCCAUCUGGGUGUUCAGCAUCGUCACCUACUUCCCGCUGGACGUGCUCAAGUUCGGCAUCCGCUACGCGCUCAGCGGCAAGGCCUGGAACAACAUCAACAACAAGACGGCCUUCACCAACAGGACGGACUACGGCAAGGGCGAGCGGGAGGCGCAGUGGGCGACGGCGCAGAGGACGCUGCACGGGCUCAACCAGGCCACCACCAGCUCCGACCUCUUCGGCGACACCAACAGCUACCGCGAGCUGUCGGAGCUCGCCGAGCAGGCCGCCAAGCGCGCGGAGAUGGCAAGGCUCAGGGAGCUGCACACGCUCAAGGGGCACGUCGAGUCGGUGGUCAAGCUCAAGGGGCUCGACAUCGACACCAUCCAGCAGAGCUACACCGUGUAAGAAGAUAAGCCGCCGUAUGCGUCUCUUUGAGUCUUAAUUUGUUACCCCUGCAAGUGAGAGAGAUCUGAGCGCUGGUUACGUGUUUACUUCAGUCAGUCAGGUUUCUACCACCGUUCAGCGUUGUGUUUCUUGUAUGUAACCUGUAAACUCUUCCUGAAUUCAUCUCGUAUUGUAGCAGUCAUCACCACUUGUUCCCCUGUGAA